AUAAGAGACUUUUGCUGACCGACCAAAACGUUCUGCAUAGUUUACAGACACGUCUACAGGAAUUAGAAAUUAAAUUACAAGAUAUGCAAGACAAAUAUCGUUCGUUGGAGACUGGCCUUCAUACAACAAGUGGUGGUGCUAUUUUUGUUCACUGGGGCAAACCAAGAUGUCCAGACAACACAUCUCUAUUGGUAUAUUCAGGUUAUCUGGGAGGAUCAGAAUUCAACACAAAGGGAUCAGCCGUAACCAAUGUUUGCCUUUCCCCUGAUCCAAUAUUUGGAAACUGGUCAUUAAUGGGUGACGUAAAUCAGAUGUAUGGAUCAGAACUGGAUACCGAUGUAGCUGGACCCGGAACAGGAACUCAAGACAAUACAUGUGCUGUUUGCAAAAGUAAGAUCCACUCCACCGUUGUUAUGAUCCCAGGAAGAAACGAAUGUUAUCCGGGAUGGAAGAAACAAUAUGGCGGAUAUCUUAUGUCUGGUCCGAUUGGGUAUUCGCCUAAGGAAAUCAUUUGUUUAAAUGAACAUCCAGAGUUUGUUGUAGGAGGUGGAGAUAAUGAUAACGGAAAUCUUCUAUUCGCAAUCAAAGCUGUCUGUGGUUCGCUUGAGUGUCCACCUUAUGUUAAUGGAAAAUUAUUAACCUGUGUUGUAUGCACACAGUGAUGAAAAGAAAUAA